AUCGUGGUUUCGUGAAUUGCAAUGGCGCCUCGAUGCAACCUCUCCUCUCUCGUUUCUCUCUUUUCUCGCCACGCGUCUUCUUUGUUUUCGGCUUUUCUGCUUGUCUCCCAGUUCCGCAGCUCCAACCAAGACUUGGGCAGUUUACCAGCUCUCCGACGCAGGCGCCCGAUAGCCGAAAUAUACCACCCGACAGUAGACACGUUUUCCCCCCUUUACUUUUGUAUCGAAUUGGCGAAUUGCCCCUUGCCAAAACCCCGACGUCGUUUCCUUUCCUUACAUUUCGCACGUUUCCUCCCCCGGUUGUAGGACGUAUAGUGAGCGUAUCCACCAUCUGAAUUACUCAACCAGCAUCCCCCUCCUCUUUCGACCAAGCUACCGACGACGAUCGCGCGAGCUCCCGUAGAGCCACCCGCACCCACAUACCAGACACUGGGACACGCCAGCCAGCCCACCUCACUCACACCUCUAGUCGGGAUCUGCGGCGCCAGUCCAUUCCGGGACCGUCCAGUGGGGGAGAGCAGGAGAGCGAAGGGGGAAAAAGGGGAGCGCGGCGCUACAGGGGAAUGGCAGGCGAGCGCACAGCAUGGCUCCGCCUCACAGCACCGGCAAUGGCUACACAUACAAGGGGUCCAAGUCUGCCGCUGCCUCUCUGCCUUUUCAACACUACAAUGACGCCAGCUUCCGCGCCCGCCUCCGACCCGUGAUUGUUGUCGUAGUGCGAUUGCUGAGAUCAAUCUGGAUCUUUUGGCGCACCCGCGGAAAACGACUGGCGGCCAAAAUCAUGCGGCAAACCGGCUGGCAGCUGAGGCAGAACUUGACCGCGCGCCGCCUCCUGAGCUUCCCGCACCUGCUGGUGUGUCUGUGGUUCCUUGUGCUGCUCUGGGGCGAGCAUUGGGUUUUUAAGAAUCGAGUUGCCGACUGCAAAUGGAGCAAUUGGGAGAGCUGGCCUGCCGGAUCGAGUCCGCAUCACCUUGUCCUCGUCGCCGACCCCCAGAUCAUCGACCCAAAAUCCUACCCCGGCCGCCCGUGGCCAUUGUCCGACCUGACAGUCUUGAUAACCGACAACUACAUGCGAAGAGGGUACCAGCAGCUCCAGUCACAGCUGCAGCCCGACUCGCUGUUCCUCCUUGGCGACCUCUUUGACGGCGGACGAGAGUGGAAGACGGCGCACAGCGACUUCAAAGACCCCGACUGGGCCGUCAGCAGGCGACCCAACAACGAAAAGGAUCAUGUCAAGAACUGGAACAAAAACUACGGCCAGGAGUUCUGGCUCAAGGAGUACGAGCGCUUUGGCGACAUUUUCUUCAAGGACUGGAAUCUCGGCGGCACCAAGGCGGGCGACUGGCAGAGGGGGCGCAAGCUGGUCGCUAGCCUGCCCGGAAACCACGACCUGGGCUUCGGAGACCAGGUCAAGGGGUCCGUUCGGGAGCGCUUCAACACCUUUUUCGGCGACGUCAACCGCGUUGAUGUCAUCGGCAACCACUCCAUCGUCUCCGUCGACACUGUUUCCCUGAGCGCGAGCGCCUCGCGGCAGGCCGGUGUAGACCUCAAAGCGAUCCACGCGCCCGCCGACAUUUUCUUGAAGGAUGUGCAGUUCACCAAGCGCAAGGCCGUCGAGAAAGAGCUGAGGUUCUGGAGGGGCGACCUGGAAGGCGUCGCCUACGGGCACGAGGUCGAGGACUUGGACACGGCCGACGCAACAGUGCCGACGAUCGUACCGGGGGAAGACGGACCCGAAUUCCCCACCAUUCUCCUUACCCACGUGCCUUUGUACCGGGACCCCGGGACGCCUUGCGGACCGCAACGAGAGCAUUGGCCGCCAACCAAGCCGCCCAAGGGGCAAAAGGGUCCCAUCGUCCCGGAUCAUCGCAACGCCAUUUCGGUCUCGGCCGGCUAUCAAUACCAGAACGUUUUGAAUGAGGAUGACUCGGUCCGGCUCGUCAAGAGUGUCGGCAAUGUCGUCCACGUCUUCUCGGGCGACGAUCACGAUUACUGCGAGAUUGUCCAUUCUCCCGAGAAGGAAAACGUUCGCGAGAUCACCGUCAAGAGCAUCAGCAUGGCCAUGGGCGUCCCCACCCCCGGAUUUCUCAUGGUCAGUCUGUACAACCCAGUGGACGGUAACGGCAAACCACUGCCCGGGGCCCCGGAGAAGACGUUGCAGACCCAUCUCUGCCUGCUGCCGAAUCAGCUCGCUACCUACGCCAAGUAUGCCGGGCUCGCUUUCGUCACCAUCGUUGCCAUCAGCAUCAGGUCGUUCCUUGUGCCUGUUCUCAACCUGACGCCGUUCGCGUUACAGCCAGAGCAGCCGCAAGGCGCCAUCCUACCCACAAUCAAGGACAAGGCCGAGGAUAACGGCACUUACAACAUGCAUUCGACAUCGGCGACGUCCGGGUCUCGGUUCCUCACAUCGUCAUCCUCACGGACUAGGAGCGGUUCCAUCCGGUCUAACGGCUCUGCCCCCAUUCCGCCGCCUAAGAUCAAGCCUAAAAAGCAAGGAUGGAGCCACCGCGCGCCUCGGAUCGACAUCUUCCAGGACGACUUCUACGGCACGACCAAGCCACGGUUGACGUGGACGGCAGCGUCCCAACGGUCGAGGACGACCCUCGGACGGGUUGUUCGAGAGAUUGGCGCCUCAACGUGGAGGGUGAUCUGGAUGGUCGUCUUGUUUUGGGCGUAUCUUGCAUACAAGGGAUAGAGGAGCCACUAUCCACGAGCGUGUAUAACAUCAUUGGCACAUAUUUUUGGCAGCAUUCAGCGGGUUGGUUGCAUCGACGGACUAACAGUUUAAGAGUGAAGGUGGCCGGUGUAUUGCUUGGGUACGUAUGUAAAAGGUCUGUCGGCACCGUACACUUUUGUAUUCUAUUCUAGCCUCGGACGACGGGCCAAGGGGCAAUAAUGGACUUUUCUGUGUUUA